GCUUCACAGAACCCUGUGCGCAUGCUCUAGCGCUGAACUUGAGGAGCCAGUCUAAGGCCUAGGCGCAGACGCACUGAGCCCAAGCAGCCGGUGAUGGCGGCAGCGGCGGCGGUGGCUGCGGCGGGUCCGGGCCCAUGAGGCGACGACGGAGGCGGGACGGCUUUUACCCAGCGCCAGACUUCCGAGACAGGGAAGCUGAGGACAUGGCAGGAGUGUUUGACAUAGACCUAGACCAGCCAGAGGACGCGGGCUCUGAGGAUGAGCUGGAGGAGGGGGGUCAGUUAAAUGAAAGCAUGGACCAUGGGGGAGUUGGACCAUAUGAACUUGGCAUGGAACAUUGUGAGAAAUUUGAAAUCUCAGAAACUAGUGUGAACAGAGGGCCAGAAAAAAUCAGACCAGAAUGUUUUGAGCUACUUCGGGUACUUGGUAAAGGGGGCUAUGGAAAGGUUUUUCAAGUACGAAAAGUAACAGGAGCAAAUACUGGGAAAAUAUUUGCCAUGAAGGUGCUUAAAAAGGCAAUGAUAGUAAGAAAUGCUAAAGAUACAGCUCAUACAAAAGCAGAACGGAAUAUUCUGGAGGAAGUAAAGCAUCCCUUCAUUGUGGAUUUAAUUUAUGCCUUUCAGACUGGUGGAAAACUCUACCUCAUCCUUGAGUAUCUCAGCGGAGGAGAAUUAUUUAUGCAGUUAGAAAGAGAAGGAAUAUUUAUGGAAGAUACAGCCUGCUUUUACUUGGCAGAAAUCUCCAUGGCUUUGGGGCAUUUACAUCAAAAGGGGAUCAUCUACAGAGACCUGAAGCCGGAGAAUAUCAUGCUUAAUCACCAAGGUCAUGUGAAACUAACAGACUUUGGACUAUGCAAAGAAUCUAUUCAUGAUGGAACAGUUACACACACAUUUUGUGGAACAAUAGAAUACAUGGCCCCUGAAAUCUUGAUGAGAAGUGGCCACAAUCGUGCUGUGGAUUGGUGGAGUUUGGGAGCAUUAAUGUAUGACAUGCUGACUGGAGCACCCCCAUUCACUGGGGAGAAUAGAAAGAAAACAAUUGACAAAAUCCUCAAAUGUAAACUCAAUUUGCCUCCCUACCUCACACAAGAAGCCAGAGAUCUGCUUAAAAAGCUGCUGAAAAGAAAUGCUGCUUCUCGUCUUGGAGCUGGUCCUGGGGAUGCUGGAGAAGUUCAAGCUCAUCCAUUCUUCAGACAUAUUAACUGGGAAGAACUGCUGGGUAGGAAGGUGGAGCCCCCCUUUAAACCUCUGUUGCAAUCUGAAGAGGAUGUGAGUCAGUUUGAUUCAAAGUUUACACGUCAGACACCUGUUGACAGCCCAGAUGACUCAACUCUCAGUGAAAGUGCCAACCAGGUCUUUCUGGGUUUUACAUAUGUGGCUCCAUCUGUACUUGAAAGCGUGAAAGAAAAGUUUUCCUUUGAACCAAAAAUCCGAUCACCUCGAAGAUUUAUUGGCAGCCCACGAACACCUGUCAGCCCAGUCAAAUUUUCUCCUGGGGAUUUCUGGGGAAGAGGUGCUUCAGCCAGCACAGCAAAUCCUCAGACGCCUGUGGAAUACCCAAUGGAAACAAGUGGAGUAGAGCAGAUGGAUGUGACGAUGAGUGGGGAAGCUUCAGCCCCACUUCCAAUACGACAACCGAACUCCGGGCCAUAUAAAAAACAGGCUUUUCCCAUGAUAUCCAAACGACCAGAGCACCUGCGUAUGAAUCUAUGACAGAGCAAUGCUUUUAAUGAAUUUAAGGCAAAAAAGGUGGGGAGACGAUUUGUGAGCAUCCUGCAGGGUGAAACAAGAAGACUCAAAAUGAUAGUCUUGGAGAGUCAGUGUUCUUACAUAGAACGCUUUGGACAGAGGAAAAAUAAACAUGGAUUUUUAAAAAUCAAUCAAUGGUGCAAAAAAAAAAAAAGCAAAAUAGUAUUGCAGAACUCUUAGGCACAUCAAUUAAUUGAUUCCUAGCGACAUCUUCUCAACCUUAUCAAGGAUUUUCAUGUUGAUGGCUCAAAACUGACAGUAUUAAGGGUAGGAUGUUGCUUCUGAAUCACUGUUGAGUUCUGAUUGUGUCGAAGAAGGGUUAUCCUUUCAUUAGGCAAAGUAUGAAAUUGCCUGUAAUACUUGCAACUAAGGACAAAUUAGCAUGCAAGCUUGGUCAAACUUUUUCUAGCAACAUGGAAUCAAAGACAAAAAGAAACUUAUCAAUUGAUGUUUUACGUGCAAACAACCUGAAUCUUUUUUUUAUAUAAAUAUAUAUUUUUCAAAUAGAUUUUUGAUUCAGCUCAUUAUGGAAAACAUCCCAAACUUUAAAAUGCGAAAUUAUUGGUUGGUGUGAAGAAAGCCAGACAACUUCUGUUUCUUCUCUUGGUGAAAUAAUAAAAAUGCAAAUGAAUCAUUGUUAACCACAGCUGUGGCUCGUUUGAGGGAUUGGGGGUGGACCUGGGAUUUAUUUUCAGUAACCCAGCUGUAAUACCUGUCUGUAAUACUAGGGGAAAAAAAAAUCUAUUUAAUCAUUUCUAUUUGCAGUACUGCUAUACGCUAAGCCUAACUGGAAGCCUUGGAAUGGGCAUAAGUUGUGUGUCCUACAUUUCAUCCUUGUCCUGGGCCUGCAUUGCACUGGAAAAAUACCACCACCUGUUUUUAUACCAGUAUUUGGUUCAAGACACCAAAUGUGUUCAGCCUGAGGCUGAAGAAAGACAGAAGAGAGUCAGGAUAAAAUGCAUACUGAGGGCGGCAAAGUGAGGGAGACAGGGAGGUCCAGGGGAAAGAGGGUGUUGCCAUGGUCCACGCUCUAUCUCUUUACAGCAAGUUGAUAAAGUUUUAAGUUUUACUUCUUUUUACUGUUUUUGCUGUCUACCUUCCUUAAAUUUUUCCUCAACAAUUUUAAAAGGAAAAAGGUUUUUUUCUCCUAUACUGGGGCUACAUUUUUUGAUUGUAAAAAUAUUUGAUGGCCUUUUGAUGAAUGUCUUCCACAGUGAAUAAGUAAACUUAGUGGCUUAAUUUAGGAAAUAUGUUAACAAGACACUGUUUUUGAAAUUGUAACAAAAUCUACAUUAAGUGAUUUAUAGGUACAAAGAAUAAAAAUAAAGGUAAUUUUACCUUUCUUAAAUACUUCCUGCCUUAAAGAGAGCAUUUCCAUGACUUUAGCUGGUAAAAGGGUUUAAUAUCUGCAGAGCUUUAUAAAAAUAUAUUUCAGUGCAUACUGGUAUAAUAGAUGAUCAUGCAGUUGCAAUUGAGUCUUAUCACCUCUUUUUGUUUGUCUUUUAUAAUGUCUUCAGUCCGAGUGUGCAAAGUCAAUUUGUAAUAUUUUGCAACCCCGAUUUUUUUAAAAUAGAUGCUGCUUGCUUUGUUCUCCAAACCUUUUUGAGCCAUAGGAUCCAAGCCAUAAAAUUCUUUAUGCAUGUUGAAUUCAGUCAGAAAAGAGCAAAGCUUUGCUUGUUUAAAUAGCAGUUCGAGUGAAAUGAAAUCCUAUGACAUUAAGCAAAAAAUGAACCAUGAAAAAUGAUUGGAAAUAUACCUUUUCAAUUGUGGCAAUAAUGAAAGAAUUGAUAAUAGUUCAUCUUUGGACAGAAAGCCUUUUUUUCUUUUUGAAAUCACUCUCUAACUCCGCUUUCCCAUUAUUGCAGCAUCCUACUGAGAAUUUUAUAACGUAACUAGUAAAUUAGCUACAACAAGGGCAGAAAUUGUAUUUCAACUAUAGAUCUUUAUUCUCUCAUAGUUAUGAUGUCUGAAAAAACAGACCUCCUAAAGCUUUGGUGAUAUGUAUAGACUUUAUUUCAGACUGUAAAUGGCUUGUGCUACUCUUAAUACUUGUUUUCAGAUGUGUUCACUAACUAUAGUGUUAACUGCCUGACCAAAUUCCAGCAAAAAUUUCACAACAAAAUAUUCCUCCUCAAUCCUGUUUGCUAACAUUUGCACUGUGAUUGGCUGGCUAUAACCACCCCAUAGUUAAACCAUUUUCAUAAUUAGUACUGCCAGCAAUAGUGGCAAACACUGCAGCUUUUCUGCAUAAAAAGCAUUAAUUGUACAUCUACCAUCCACACAAAAAGUGUUUCAGACUUAAUAUUGAGAUUAAUUUCCUAUGCUGUGGCAAGGUUAUUGAGAAAUUGUUUCAUAAAUGGAUAUCCCUACUAUGACUGUGAAAACAUGUCAGGUGCCACUUUAGUGUCACAGACAGAAAGCACACACCUAUGCAAUAUGGCUUACCCUAUAUUUAUUUGUAAAAAUCCAAGUAUAGUUUAAAUAUAUGAUGUCAAUAUUACUAGUUUUGAGUUUCUAAGAGGGUUCUUUAUGAUUCUUCCAGGUAAGUGUAUAAAAGAGAUUAAGUGCUUUUCUUUCAUCACUUGAUUCUUUAGAAUCAGCUAUUACAAGAUAUAUUUUUAUUUUGUAUACAUGCUGUUUUUUAAUUAAAAUAUAAUCACUGAGAA